CGGCGGCGGCGGCUGGCGGCGGGCGCUCCCUGCAGUGGGGAUCGGGUCUCGGCCUCCUCCCAUCCUUGGCCCCCUCCUCCCGUGGCUGACCCCUCCCGCCCAUUCCAACUCCCGCCUCCGGCCGGCCAAGGGAGAGAGAGGGAGUGGAACCGGAGAGAGGGAGUGCGAGAGAGGGAGGGAGGGGACGGUGCCUUGGCUGACUUUUUUUUUUUUUAAGAGGGUGGGGGUGGGGGGUGAUUGCUGGUCGUUUGUUGUGGCUGUUAAAUUUUAAACUGCCAUGCACUCGGCUUCCAGUAUGCUGGGAGCGGUGAAGAUGGAAGGGCACGAGCCGUCCGACUGGAGCAGCUACUAUGCCGAGCCGGAGGGCUACUCCUCCGUGAGCAACAUGAACGCCGGCCUGGGGAUGAACGGCAUGAACACGUACAUGAGCAUGUCCGCGGCCGCCAUGGGCAGCGGCUCCGGCAACAUGAGCGCAGGCUCCAUGAACAUGUCCUCGUACGUGGGCGCGGGCAUGAGCCCGUCCCUGGCCGGCAUGUCCCCCGGGGCGGGCGCCAUGGCGAGCAUGGGCGGCUCAGCCGGGGCGGCCGGAGUGGCAGGCAUGGGGCCACACCUGAGUCCCAGCCUCAGCCCGCUCGGGGGACAGGCGGCCGGGGCCAUGGGCGGCCUGACCCCUUAUGCCAACAUGAACUCCAUGAGCCCCAUGUACGGGCAGGCAGGCCUGAGCCGGGCGCGCGACCCCAAGACGUACCGGCGCAGCUACACGCAUGCCAAGCCGCCCUACUCCUACAUCUCGCUCAUCACCAUGGCCAUCCAGCAGAGCCCCAACAAGAUGCUGACGCUGAGCGAGAUCUACCAGUGGAUCAUGGACCUCUUCCCUUUCUACCGGCAGAACCAGCAGCGCUGGCAGAACUCUAUCCGCCACUCGCUGUCUUUCAACGACUGCUUCCUCAAGGUGCCCCGCUCGCCUGACAAGCCCGGCAAGGGCUCGUUCUGGACCCUGCACCCCGACUCGGGCAACAUGUUCGAGAACGGCUGCUACUUGCGCCGCCAGAAGCGCUUCAAGUGUGAGAAGCAGCUGGCCCUGAAGGAAGCCUCAGGCGCCACGGGCGGUAGCAAGAAAGCGGCUGCCGGGGCACAGGCCUCGCAGGGUCAGCUUGGGGAGGCCGCUGGACCGGCCUCCGAGACUCCGGCGGGCACCGAGUCACCCCACUCGAGCGCCUCUCCGUGCCAGGAGCACAAGCGAGGGGCACUGGGGGAGCUGAAGGGGACCCCGGCCGCCGCCCUGAGCCCCCCAGAGCCGGCCCCCUCGCCGGGGCAGCAGCAGCAGCAGGCGGCGGCCCAUCUGCUGGGCCCUCCUCAUCACCCCGGCCUGCCGCCGGAGGCCCACCUUAAGCCGGAGCACCACUACGCCUUCAACCACCCCUUCUCCAUCAACAACCUCAUGUCCUCGGAGCAGCAACACCACCACAGCCACCACCACCACCACCAGCCCCACAAAAUGGACCUCAAGGCCUACGAACAGGUGAUGCACUACCCUGGCUACGGCUCCCCUAUGCCAGGUAGCCUGGCCAUGGGACCGGUCACGAACAAAGGGGGCCUGGACGCCUCGCCCCUGGCCGCAGACACCUCCUACUACCAAGGAGUGUACUCCAGGCCCAUAAUGAACUCCUCGUAAGAAAACGGUUGCCGCGGGCUAGACCGGGACAAGGACAAGAGAGAGGAAGUGGGGCGGAGAGUUUGAGGAAGGGGUGUUGGAGAGAUCCGAGGGAGAAGAAAUCCAUUACAUCCCCACCCCCAGGACAGCAGUCUCCCCUCACCCUCGGCAACUCUCCCUCUGAAACAGAUGGGCCACACUGAUAUCUAUUAUUCUAUAUAAGGAGGGAAGGCAAAAAGAGAAAUAGUCAAAAACAAACAAACAAAAAGAGGAAGAAAAGAGCAAAAAGCCUCUGGUUUCCGCUACUGUUUAGACGCCUGCUUCUUUAAGCAUUUGAGAGUUCUGAUUUUUUGUUGUUGUCUUUCUCCUCCAUUGCUGCUGUUGCAGGGAAGUCUUACUUUAUUAAAAAACAAAAACAAAAAAAACACAAAAAAACAAAAAAAAAAACCCCACAAACUUUUGUGAGUGAUUCAGUGUAAAACCAUGUAGUUUUAACAGAGAAGCAGAGUUGUACUAUUGUUUAAAAAGAAAAAAAAAGAUGUAAGGGUCUGCUGUAAAUGACCAAGAAAAAGAAAAAAAUGCAUUCCCAUUCUUGACACAGUGAAAUCCAGGUCUUGGGUCUGAUUAAUUUAUGGUUUCUGCGUGUUUUAUUUAUGGCUUAUAAAUGUGUGUUCUGGCUGGAAGGGCCAAAGUUCCACAAAUCUAUAUUAAAGUGUUAUUGCCAGUUUUACCCCUUGAAUCUUCAAGAUUUUUUUUUCCCUUUGCCUGAC